AUGGCUCGUAAUGAAACGUCCCAGCAACCCAGCAGUUCAGGGAGUAACGGAGUGCCAGGACAGCAGAACGGGUCAGCCAAACCAUCCAAAGUCACUGUGAAAGGUUAAUUUUUCGUCUUUGUUCUUGACUAUGUCACCAUCUUCGAUUCUAGUCGUCAAUGCUUCAUUCGCGAAACCAGUUGAUUGCUAUAUCGAAGUCAGUAGUGAUACGUCAUCUGCGGCGCCAAAAAAGACGACAGUUAAAAAGAAAACUUGUGCACCGGAGUGGAAUGAGCAUUUGAAUAUUCAUGCAAGUGAUUCCUCAACUUUAUCUUUCCGACUUCUUCAAAAAGCAAAACUAUUCGAAGAUUCAUGUUUGGGAGUCGCGAAGGUUAAACUGUCCAGUGUGGUGAAAAACGAAAAUGGCGAAUGUAAGACUGCAAUUUUUUAACCAAUGGUUCAUCACUGAUUUCAGUCAAAAGCGACGUUAACACAUUUUCUCUGGUCGCGAAAGAUACUGCCAAGGUUGGCACUCUCGGCAUAAUUUUUUCUGGAUAUGUUGAACGGAAACGGAGGAGUGCUGGUAUAAGCAGGGCUGAAACCGCGACUUCUGCAAGUUCUGAAGCUUCCACUUCCAAUGGAGCUGUUUCUUCAUCGAGAAGGCCAGCAACAGCUAAACGUGACACAUUGACGGUUCCAGCGGUAUGACUAAUGUAGUCAAACACGUAAUGUUUACUUUUCAUUUGCAGAAUGGCGCAGCUGCGGCCACAACGCCACCAGAAGAGCAGCUACCAGAAGGGUGGGAGAUGAGGUUUGACCAGUAUGGACGCAAGUACUACGUGGAUCACACUACAAAAAGCACAACUUGGGAGAGACCGUCAACUCAGCCUCUUCCAGCAGGAUGGGAGAUGCGGAGAGAUCCAAGAGGAAGAGUGAGUGACGUCCAUGAAAGGCAGAUGUUUUUAAACUGAAAUUCAGGUGUAUUAUGUUGAUCAUAACACUCGUACGACAACGUGGCAACGACCAACCGCCGAUAUGUUGGAGGCUCACGAACAGUGGCAAUCCGGAAGAGAUCAGGCAAUGAUCCAAUGGGAGCAACGCUUCCUCUUGCAACAGAAUAACUUCAAUGCUGAUGAUCCGCUCGGUCCUUUGCCAGAGGGAUGGGAGAAACGCCAAGACCAUAAUACUAGCCGGACGUACUUUGUGAACCAUGUAAAUAGAACUACACAAUGGGAAGACCCACGUACCCAAGGGUUAGUUAAUUGUAAAUCGGAAUUGUUCUCGAGGUUUUUUGUAGUGGCUCCGAUCAACCGUUGCCCGAUGGCUGGGAGAUGAGGUUCACCGAACAAGGAGUUCCAUUUUUUAUCGAUCAUCAUUCCAAGACAACCACCUACAAUGAUCCACGAACUGGAAAACCAGUUGGACCACUGGGUGUGGUUGGAGUGGCGUUGGAAAAAAGUUUCCGGUGGAAAAUCGCACAGUUCAGAUAUUUAUGUCUUGUAAGCAAAAACAACCUAGAAAUCAACACGGUCUGAAAUUUCAGUCAAACAGCGUUCCUAAUCAUGUCAAGAUCACGGUUUCAAGAAACAACGUUUUCGAAGAUUCAUUCCAAGAGAUCAUGCGCAAGAAUGCGGUGGACUUGCGAAGGAGAUUGUACAUUCAAUUCCGCGGAGAAGAAGGACUCGAUUACGGAGGUGUUGCCCGUGAAUGGUUCUUCCUCUUGUCUCACGAGGUUCUAAACCCGAUGUACUGCCUGUUCAUGUAUGCCGGUAACAACAACUAUAGUCUUCAAAUCAACCCCGCUUCAUUCGUUAAUCCUGACCAUCUCAAAUACUUCGAGUAUAUUGGAAGGUUUAUUGCCAUGGUGAGAAGUAAACCAGGCUAUUUAUCUGAUUUCUUAUUAAAUUCAGGCUCUUUUCCACGGGAAGUUCAUUUACAGUGGUUUCACAAUGCCAUUCUACAAAAAGAUGCUCAACAAAAAGAUUGUUUUGAAAGACAUUGAGCAAGUCGAUUCUGAAAUCUAUAACUCAUUGAUGUGGAUCAAGGAUAACAACAUUGAUGAGUGCGACAUGGAGUUGUACUUUGUCGCAGACUACGAAUUACUUGGAGAACUGAAAACUUAUGAAUUGAAAGAAGGAGGCGCCGAUAUUGCAGUGACCGAAGCGAACAAGGUAACAUUCAUUACUUGAAUGUCAGUGUCGAAUAUAAUUUUUUGUUUCAGUUGGAAUAUAUUGAAUUGCUGGUGGAAUGGCGUUUCAAUCGUGGAGUGGAACAGCAGACGAAGGCUUUCUUCACAGGAUUUAAUUCCGUAUUCCCACUCGAAUGGAUGCAAUAUUUCGACGAACGAGAACUCGAACUGCUGCUGUGUGGAAUGCAGGAUGUAGAUGUGGAUGAUUGGCAGCGGAACACCGUCUACAGGCACUACGCUCCACAAAGCAAACAGGUAACUAACUAAUCAGUCCUGUGUUUUCUCUUAUCUUUUCAUUCCAGGUGACGUGGUUCUGGCAGUGGGUGCGAAGCCUGGACCAAGAGAAGAGAGCUCGUCUGCUCCAGUUUGUCACGGGAACGUGUCGAGUCCCUGUGGGAGGAUUUUCCGAACUCAUGGGCUCCACGGGUCCUCAGCUGUUCUGCAUCGAAAGGGUCGGCAAGGAUAACUGGCUGCCUCGUUCCCACACCUGCUUCAAUCGGCUCGAUCUCCCGCCCUACAGAAGUUACGAUCAAUUAGCCGAAAAAUUGAGCAUGGCUAUUGAGAUGACUGAGGGAUUCGGAAACGAGUAG